GCUUGACGCUCAGCAGCCCUGGUGACGGUGUAUUUGUUUGGGUUUUGUGCGAUAAAAAGUGUUUGCUAUUAAUUUGUGUACAAUAAGCGGUGAAUUGUUUAAAAAUGAGUGCAGUAGAUAAUACAAAACAGCUAUCGAUUGUGGAUAUACGCAAUUACAUGCUGCAAAACGAUGGCAAGGUGACAAACCACGCACUUGUCAAGCACUUUAAGAAAUAUCUAACACAUACGCAAAAUGAGGCGGAGGCACGAAAGCGAUUUAAAACAUACGUUACACUAUUGUCAACGAUUAAAAACGAAAACAAUCAAAAGUAUUUAAUACUGCGUAAAAAGUAUAUUAACGAGUGUCCAUCAGAGAAUGUUGUGGAACGUGCCGUGGAAGCCGCUGGCAAUGCCUCGGUGCCAUCCAGCCCAGGAGCUGGCUCGAUUGUAUCUGUAUCUGAUGGUGUUGUUUCCCCUCUGAGGCAGCCACCGCCAUACAAGGCGCCGCCCGAGGUCCAGCAAUCUCCAUUGGCAGGGGCAGCGCCAGUGGCCAACUCCGGCCUGGCUGUCCAUCAGGAGCAGGUGGAAAGUUAUCGCGAGUGCGUCAACGAAUUCACAGCUGCCAUGCAACGCAUUGAUCCAGCGCGUCUGGAGCUGCAGCCUUCCCCUGAUGCAGAUCUUCCCAAGAACAAUGAACCCAACACCAGUACUAAAGCCAGUGCCAAGUCCAUUUCUCGUGCCAAUUCUGUGGAUGAGACCGCUAACAAGGAGAACAUUCCGCGAUUCUCCUUUUCCUCGGGCGCCUCAACCGAUAGCUCGGCCACAGAGAAAGUCUCCGGCACGGAGGCAGACGUUGCUGAGAAUCCCAUGAGCGUUAAAGAAGCUACACGCAAAUUCAACCGAAUGGCAUCCGAAGAAGAGGCUAAAAUAAUAUCACCACCAGCCAAGAAGAAACCAGAGAAGCAAUUAAUUGAGGAAAAGGAUUCACCGGAGGUUACACUUGCGCAUCCCAAGGCAAAGGAAUGGAUUGUCGCCAUGGCCAAAGCUAAUUACCAGGAGCUGGCCAAGUUAGCUAGCGAUGAUCCUGUGCUAGUUAAAUUGCAAGAUCCAGCGACGGGCUAUACCGCUUUACACUGGGCUGCCAAGCAUGGAAAUGAGGAUGUGGUCAAACUAAUUGCCGGCACACAUAAAGCCGAUGUAAAUGCCAAGACGCAUGGGGGUUACACACCGCUUCAUUUGGCUACCCAAUUUGGCAGGCAUAAUAUAUUCGAACUACUAUGGAAUGUAUAUAAGGCCAAUCGUGACAUAAUGGAUUGUAGUGGUAUGAAACCAUUGGAUUACAGUCGUCAGCGACCAAGCGUAUCGGCCUCAACCUGUAGUAAAAUCAAGGCACGAAAAAAGCAAACAAUCGAAAAAGAUUUGGGAUUCCUUCGGAUUGGUUCACUGAAUGUCCGAGUAAAGAAAACCACAGAGGCCUUCAGCAACUUCUUGGGAGUGGGCAAUGGCAGUGGAAUGAUGCCGUAUGGACCUGGCGGACCAACAGAAGUCAAUCGCCAUCACCAGCGAACUCACCGUCACCCUCAUCAGCGUCAUCAUCAUCAUGUCAAUGGUACGACACGGGAUCGAAUCUCUCAGAAUCAGAGAGCAUCGGCGACUGUACCCUACGGGAUGAGUAACAUACUAGGCUCCAGAUCCAGUGUACCGCCCAACAAGAAUAUAUAUGAUGCCGUUCACAAGUCUUGGGGCUCAGCGGACAAUAUAACGCAGCGCUCUGAAAAUCUAAUGCCACCGCCAAAAUCGAUGGACUUCAUUUCGAAACGCUACAGAUCUUCCAAACGUUCAUCUUAUGCCUCUAAUGCUACUGAUUCACCACGGGAUUCCAUUUGCUCAUCCAAUUCCAGUUCAAAUCUUAAUUCCGGCUAUAGUAGCAUGCCCACAACUCCUAAUCAAAUACGUGCUCCCAAGAGUAUUGGUGCAUCUAUUACAGCUGAUUCUGAUUCAGAUUCCGCGUGUGGAUUCGACUCAAACUGGUCUGUUAAUGGCCAAAAUUCUAAACAGUAACACUACAAUAUUCGAACUCAACUGCAAAAUACUAUUACAUAUAUAUAAAGCACACAAAUAUUAUAAUGUAUAAGAAUAAUUCCAAAAGAAUGACGACAUACUAAAACAGAUCAGUUGAAUUGUAAUGAAAGAACGUUUUAUAAGUUUGUUUAUGUUUAAAUUACGUACAUUUUGCGUAUGGAAUUGAAUAACCACUAUUUAGAGACGGGAUAAAUUAGUUGUAGUCCUAUAACAUCUUUGUAUAUUG